UCUGGAGGCGGCUCACGGUUAGCGCCCAAGCGGCCCGGGAACCCCCGCCGCCCCGGCUUCAGGGUCCCCGCUCCCCAGCAUCCUCCCUCCAGGUCCCACCCCUCCGCGCCCCCAUCCCUGGCCGUGCGCCCCAGCUCUUUCGGGAGUCCCGGCGGGGUCCCUAGCGGGCCUCAUGGCGACGGAUGGCGACGGAUGGCGACGGAUGCCGCGAGGGCCGCCAGGCCACACGCACGUCCUACCUGCUGCCGAGCGCGGCCGGAAAAAGAGAGGCGACGGCCGACAGCCGCCUUAUCUUCCGGGGCGGGGCCGAGAGGCGCUAGUCCUUCCGGCGCGGCGUGAGCGCGGUGCACGCCGGGACUUACUCCUCCCGCGGCCCCCUCAGGCCUCAGGGGCCUCUGCGCAGGCGCAUUGGGAUGACUGGGGCCAGUGGAGCCUCGAUGGCCCGAUGUCUGGCGGCGCUCUGGCCGGGCACCCACUCUCCGGUCGCUUGGCCAUUGUGUGGGCGGCCCCCGGGGGGAGGUCGGAGGGGAGUCGGAACCUCACAGGAGUCUCCCGGUGGGUGAGCGUCGCCCCUGAGCAGCCGAGGAGACCCGCAGAGGUUGAAGGACUUUACAGAGCGCCUCGCUCCGGGCGUGGGGUCGCAGGUCUCCCAUCCUGGCCUGGUGACGACCCCUUUCCAUGGCUGGAGACUUCUUGCAAGGUAAUUGGCUCUCCUGUAGGGCGAGCGCCCCUUCCUGGGAUGAGGCGCUUCCUCGUAGGUGAGGGCCUCCUUUUCAGGAAACGGAGGGACCGUUUGGGGGCCGGUGGUGGUUCACAGAAAACCGGGGUCCGGACGACAGAAAGCAAAUGCCCGACUACCGACAGUGCGGCGGCUCCGGGGACGCUGGGGCUUUGUGCACUGCUGGGUUUUUCGAGAGGUCAGAGCGGCCGUACCUGGAUGUGGGUGUUGGGGAGAGAGACAGGGGCAUCCUGGCGCUCGCGUGCAGAGCUGGGGCGGGGCAUGGGACCUCGAAGUGGUUGCCACGGAGAGACUGGGCGACCGCAGAGGUGCGGGAAUCGCAGCCGGGAUAGUGGGCCCCUCUCAGGCUGGUAGCGGAGGGGAAGCGAGCCCAGGAAAUGGAGCAGAACUGGGGGUUGGGAGGGGGAGAAGAAAGAGGUGAGCAAAGGGAGCCUGGAUAGAUGACCCUGUGGUGAGGGAACCCGAAAACUCUGCUCAAAACCCUGUGGGGAGGAGUGGGUGGGGUUGGAGCCGAGAAAAGGAACAGCAGGUGGAGGGCCCAGGCGGGUGUGAGCUGGAGGUAAAGAGCAGGGCUGCCAGGGCAGGGAGCCUCUAGCUGGGCGUAAGCUGCUGAGUGAGGGCUUCCUGGAGGCACAGAGGAGUGGGAGGGGCCUUCAGGAGGGUGCCUGGAGGUGGGAAACCCGUCUGAGAACUGCCCACAAGCAGGUCAGGGUAGAGCUUCUUGACCAGGGCUGUGGGUGUGCAGGUGAGGCCAGUAGGGGGAGAGCCAGCGAGGGGGGAGGGAGGGAGUAAAGGCAGAGGUCCGAGUGGACGAGGCUUGCACUCAGGACUUUGAGUUAGGGUGUUUGCUAGCACCAGUGUGGCCAGGUGGGCUUUGGAGGGAUGGUGGCGAGAAUGACAUCGUGGGACGGUAAGAAGAGGGGAGGAAGGAAGUCCGUGUGGGCGGACUUCAGGGGUGGCAUUCCUGAUCUCCAGAGAAGCAGAGGGGACUGCUGAAGCCCCAAGUGAGGCAGCAGGUGGGUUGGCAGGCAUGGGGGAUCAGGGGGCAGCCCAAGGGGUACUUGCGCCUCUUUGGGGCAGAAUGAGGGGUUUUGAGGUCAUCCCAGGAUAGGCUCAGAGGAUCAGAAAGGCAGAGAGAGGGUGGAUUAGAGGUGGGGACAGUACUUGGACAUUCAGGCUCUCAGGUCCCUGAGAGGGUCCCGUGGGUUUCUGGGAUGGGACAUGGUAGGGCAGGGCCCCCUAUUCUCCGUCUCCGGGAGCUGGAUGCAGCCAGAAGGUGGCUGAGCAGGCCCACUGCGGAUGUGUGUUCAGAAUCUUCCCACUGAUAGAUGGUCAGUGACGUGGGAAACAAAGGCUGAAGAAAAACUACUAAAUUUUCCUAUUAUCUAUAACCCAUUGACAAGUCCUCAAAACAGGCAGAGUGACCUUCCUCCAAGAGCUCAGCCACCUCGGUGCUAAAGACAAAAGGCGAUCUUAUCCCAACCCCCAGGAUCCCUGGUCUGGAACCAAACUUGCAAGUUUGGUUCAGCCCUUCGCCUGGACCUCCGACUCCGGCAACGCGCUCGCCCCUUGAACCUGAGGGCUCCGGCGGGAUCCGCUCCAAAACAGCGCCUCACCCUUCCCGGAGCCCUGGCCAUCGCCUGCCCGCGGCCCCGGGAGCCAGAGGGCGUCUACCGAGGCGCGCGGUCCUCCGAGCCUCCUAGAGCAGCCCGGGGGGGGGGGGGGGCGUUUCCGGGGGCGGGCCGGAAGCGGACUGCCCGCGCCCGGGCGCCGCUCCUCGAGCGGUCGGGGAUGGCCGCCCAGGGUGAGGGGACCCUGGCUGCGGGGCGGGGAUCGGAGCGGGAUGAGGGCCGUUCUCCGAUUCCGGCCUGCCUGAGGCUGUGGUCCGCACAGAGGCCGCGCUGAGCACCGCGGGGGGUGCCAACCCGCAGCCGGCGCCGCUCCUCGCUUUUCCUUCGGUUCUGGGCCUUAGGGAGCGUCCGGGUUCCCGUUGGGCCCACCGACUGCGGCGGGAGGCGAGCGCACCGGGGGCCGAGUCUUGCGUCCCCAGAGCUUGGGUGGCCACGCAGAGCUGAGGCUGCGGGGGUGGGAGGCCUGGGAGACCAGUUCUGUCCGGGCUGCGUCCCCCUCGUCCUCCGGCCUGCAGGUGCCGGGGCGCAUCCGCGGGUGCCGACUGGCCACCCCCGUGCGCGACCUCUCCCCGGGGCUGCGUCGCUGGUCCGACCGCGGCGCGGAGUCCUUCCCGUGUCCCGAGGACCCUGCUCGUGCCGGGGAUACCGCCAUGAAGCCAGACGACGUCCCUGGCCUCGGGGAGCAUAUCCUGUAGUAGAGGUGAGGCGUUCGUGUCGCAGAGGCAACGAACAAGUAAGAAAGUAGUUGUUGAUCCGCGCAAGGGCCUGAAGAAAACGAGCCCCGAGCACAGGCUGGUGGGAGACGAGGUUUCUUCCAGAAGUAAACCUGCUGGCUGAGCGGCCGCGCUGAUCCCUUGCGGGCGAGGGAGAGCGCGCGGGAACGGCUUGGGCUGCUUCGAGUAAGAGUGGACACCAGUCCGGCCGCAGUGUGGUCAGUGGGGGUGGGUGAGGCAGCGGCGCAAGGUGCCGCAGGCCCCCGGGGAACAGAGGUUUUCUUCUAAAUCCGAGGAAAGAAUGACUUCUGCUGGUCCUCCAGGCCCCAGUAAGCGCAGUCCCCCCGGAAGCCCUCCCUGCUCCCCCGUCGAAGUCAGCAUCCCCUCCCCCGGAUACUCUCUCCCCGGAUUCUGAGCAGGAGCCCGGGCUAUCUCGUUGCCCGUUAUUUCCCCUGCUCCACUUUUUUCAACUCAGCCCUGUUUUUCUCUGAUUGAAGACUUACUCUCUUGUGCACAGGAAGGACUGAACUUCGGUGUUUUCUUUCUCUAAGCAGAGGGCCCCUCCCUGUGGACGUGCAUUCCCCAGAUACAGGCAAGCAAAGACCAGCACAGUAACGUCCCCUCCUAACUGUGGAGAACGGUGUGUGCAGAGCUGAGCGCCAGGUCUUCCCAUGAGCUGCUCAUCCUCUUGAGAUGCUCUGGUUGCCUCACUGGGGUGAGGAGGACGGCAGAUCAGUCGGCAGCGGCAGCGGCAGUGGUCCAGGCAGGUCCUGCCCACAGACUGCCCUGAACAGGCAGCCCAGAGGGUAGUGGUGUGGUGCUGCUCUUUGCAUUGGUGGGUCAUGCUGUCCAGGCACAGAGGACCCGCCACACCUCUCAGAUCAUUGUAUGUAGCCUGUUACACGGUCACAUGUUUAAAGGGCUCUCCUGCCAACUGUCGCCUCACAGCAUCAUAACUACAGGAUUUCUGCUAACUCGUGCCUGAAAGAGACAUCGCUUUACAAAGUGGCAGCUACUUCGGAGGCUCAAGCCCCACAGAAGAGUGUACCCCAAGACCUCCACCUAACCAGGAGAGCUCAGGCCCCGCUGAACACCGGGUUUGCGUCAGGCCCUCCUCCAGGCUCAGGGGUUCAGACCGCAGGCCUUCGCUCACGGGGGAAGGCAGAGAAGAGCAACACCUGCUCUUCCCCUGAUGGGGAUCCUGGAAUGGCGGUGUGACUUGUGACACUCACACUCCAGGAGGCCGUUGUGUUUGAGGACGUGGCCGUGUACUUCACAAGGAUAGAGUGGAGUUGCCUGGCCCCCAACCAGCGAGCGCUAUACAGGGAUGUGAUGCUGGAGAACUACAGGCAUGUGGCCUCGCUGGAUGAGGCUUCCCCAUCCAUCCCUGGGCGGGGCUCAGGCAACCCUGCCUCUUCCACUGGUCUCUUAGGAGAGUUGAUUCUUUUCCAAAUUCAAGGUCCAGCAUGUUUAGGGAAGCUGGAGGGCUGCCUCCAUCUCUCUGUGGCCACCCAACUGCCCCGCUUCUGGGAAAGCUUUCUUGUUGCUAAACCAGCACUGAUCUCCCUCUUGGAGCAAGGGGAGGAGCCAGGGGCUUUGAUUCUGCAGGUGACUCAGGAGCAGGUAUCUGCAGCCAGCAUGUGCCCAGAUUCUAGGAUGGAGGCUGUGGUCAAGGGAUCUUCUCUAAGGACAGUGUCUUCUAAGCAGUUAGGGUUAUUGGGCACAGUUUGGGGGCACCUCCCUAAGGGGAGGCCAAAGCAUCCCCAGCAGAGUGGCAGUCCUGAGGGUGGGUCAGAGAGACGACCCCUCGACCCUGAGGCAGGCGGCCCGGCAGGGACUUUCGACCAUCUCCCCUGCCCCAGUGGAGGGAGGGUGGGGCCCCAGCCGGGUGGCUGCUGCAGGGGAGAGGACGUAUGGCUGUGCCUGCGGCAAGGCCUUCAAAUUCAAGUCGCUGCUGCUCCGGUGCCAGGUCAUCCACACCGGGGCUAAGCCCUACCAGUGCACCGAGUGCGGCAAGGCCUUCAAGCAGAACUCCAUCCUCCUGCGACACCAGCUGAUCCACACGGAGGAGAAGCCUUCCAGUGCAGCGAGUGCGGCAAGGCCUUCCGGCAGAGUGCACAGCUCACGGCCCACCGCAAGGUCCACGCGUGGGACAAGCCUUACAAGUGCGGCGACCACAGGAAGGCCUUCGGCCGCAUCUCGUGGCUCCAGCAGCACCAGAAGUUCCAUACCGGGGAAAAGCCAUACGAGUGCAGGAGGGCCUUCUGCUGCAGGUUCACGCUCACGGAGCACGGCCGCCUGCACAGCGGGGAGAGGCCUUACCCAUGCCUGCAGUGUGGCCAGCGCUUCAUCCAGGGGUCCUCGCUGCUCAAGCACCACCGCCAGCACGCGCGGGAGGGCCCCCAUGAAGACUGGCCGCCCAAGCCCCCCGGGGGCACCGGGCUCCACCUGUGCGCCGUGUGCUGCAGGCCCUUCCGGUGCAGGUCCCUGCUGCUGCUGCACCAGUAGCUGCACACGGGCGAGAAGCCGUUCGAGUGCGGGGACUGCGGCAAGGCCUUCAGCCAGAAGUCCAACCUGACACUGCACCAGAAGACACACAGCCCGGAGAGGCCGUUCGCCUGCGGCGAGUGCGCCAAGGCCUUCUGCAGGAGCUACACGCUGAGCGAGCACUACCGGCUGCACAGCGAAGACAGGCUGUGCAGGGGCUGGGCCUGUGGCCGGCGGUGAGCCCUCGUCCCGCGCCCCAAAGUCCGUGGCCCAGACUGUGCCUGGGCGGCGCUGAGGCCACACGGGCUCCCCGCUGGGCUCCCCAGGCAGUUGGUAAACGUCGGAGAACCCGGGGCGCCCGGGGGCCUCUGCUGGUUGAGGGUCGGACUCUCGAGGACCGCUCUGGUCAGGAUCUCAGGGUUGUGAGAUGGAGCCCGGCGUCAGGCUCCGUGCUGGGCGGGGAGUCUGCCGGAGACCCUCUCCCUCCUCCUCUCUAAGCAACAACGAACAGGGCAGAGAGCCCGCCUCAGGGAGGCGCUGAGGCAGGAAGCCGGCAAGCCUGCCGUUCACCUGUGCAGCAGGACAUCGGUGUCCGGGGGAGAAGGGACCGGCGGGGCAGUGGUCCAGCAGCCUACAGGCUGAGCCAGAGCAGGGGCUCCCCACCACCGCGGGCCUGGGCGCCUGCAGGAGAGCCGCGUUUCUCAGCCCUCCCAGCCUGUGCCCGGAUGGACACUCGGGCUUCAGUAAGUCCCAUGGGGAUCGUGGGUGGGUUUUGUUUUCUUCCUUCACUCAUCUGUUUUCCAAAUACCUGUGAUCAGGAAAAGAAAAAAAAAAAAAAAGAUGUUGGCUGUU